GUCUGUGUGAUGGCAGUGCAAAGAGGAGUUGGAAUCACCAUCCAUUCAACCAACUUCCUUGUAAGGUGUUUAUUGGUAAAUGGUUCCACAAAAAAAAAAAAAAAAACAGUAUUUUUCCAGUACUUUUCAGAUGUGAGUCAGUAAAAAUGUUCAUGUGUAAAACAGCAGCAAUUUCAACUAAAGACAACUGUGUUAUUUUACUUCAUUCAAUAUUGUUCUUGAUGAUUAUGGUAUCCUCUCGUCGCAGUCCUAUAUUUGAUGGUGACGGCCUCUAAAGUGGAAGGCUCUUGUAUGUUAAAAACAAAGUUUCAUGAUACAUAGUGGUGUAUCAUAUUGUGAUUGUGUUGUACGUGUCAGUGCCAGGCGACACAGGCCAAUGACAUUGAGUGAAGAGGAUAUUUUGUACCUGUGUAUUUGUCUGUAUUUUAAAAUGAUCUAAGGAAAAAAACAAAACAAAAAAACUCACACAUCAAGCCUUUAUGCACACAAGCAUCGACACAAAUUUAUCACUGCGCCUUGAUUAUGUCGCUAUCACGCCUGCAUUUAGGUGCACAAACAUACAGCACACAUGCAAAGUACAGAGAAAAAUAACUAUAGUUAUGUCUCCUUGCAUUAUUAGAUAUUUAGACCUGCUUGUCAGGCUAAUGAGACUCAUUUAUUUUCUCCAAUUAAAUUCAAUAGAUGAGCCACAAACAUUUCAGGAAUUCAUUUUGGUUCAAUGAGACAUCUUAAACAUGUCUAAAAUAUUUUUCUGUACUUACAAUUCAAUUUAUGACACAGGUUGAAUGGCAGAAAAAAGUUUGAAGACAAAAAAUGUGACCUCAACUGACAGGGUGUUUUAUUUACGGUAUAUGUUUUUGUUUAUUUUGUUUUAUAUAAUAUUGUACUUUUCAAUAUUGGUUGAGACAAACUAAAAUAUGUUACAUAUGGGGUAUUUUUCUCUAUAUUUGUUGUACCUGUCAUUGCUGGUACUCUGAGUCUGUCUAAACCACUGAAACUCUGUUGCUCUUCACAAAAUAAUAUCAUUGAAAAAAAAAAGCUUUUCUCAAGUUUUCUCGAUGAUGGCAGCAAAGUUUGUCUUAUUUAAAUGGAUUCUACCACUUUUCUUCUUAUUCAUAUUAUACUAGUGUAAUAGAGAUUACUUGACUAAAAGAGCUGAACAUAUGUUGAUGCAGAAGUAAACUGAAAUAAACAUGGAUUGGUGUAUAUUGUUGCUUUAUUUGUCACUAGUGCAAUAUUUACCAGUAAGAACUUCUUAGAGAGUAAGAUACUUCUUACUGAGAAGUAUCUUUACUUACAAAAAAAAUAAAUAAAUAAAUCCGUUCAUUCAGAGUAGAUUUGCUCCAAUUUGUCAUAAGGAUAGCUGAAACCAAAUUGUUAAUUCUACAGCUAUUAUGCAUAACACAUCGUGUACAUACAGUAUCUUGUGCGAACUGUGAACCAAUGGAGACGGAGGGUCACGUGUCGGCCAUUUAAAAGACAGCCGUUUGAGCAGAAUAAGAUUGAAAUCAAUGGAGUGUAUACUUUGAAAUAAAUGUGGAUGUAUCAUUUUUCAACCGAACCGCAGCGUUUUUCGUAAACGCCACAUAAUGCAGUAAUCUUACCGCCUACUGACUUAGAAAUAAACUUUCCUCUUUGAUAUCCUACGGAAGCGUAUUGCAUUCACAUGAAAAAUAAAAAAUUGGGGGGCUGUUUUUUGCAUUAAUUUUUAUUCAGCUCUCUGUUUUUCUGAGUAAUUUAUUUUUGGGUUUGUUUUUUGAAUUAAUUUUUUUUCCAACCUUGUUUUCUCAGAGUAAUUUAUUUUUGGGGUUGUUUUUUUUUUAUUAUAUAUUUUUUCUUGCUAGGCAUUAGCAUUAGCCAAGCUCAGGAAAACUUUUUUUUUUUUUUCUUUUUCGAAAAACGGCCGUUUGAAGGUGUCACGAGAGGUGUCUUGCAGUAUUGAACUUGCAGAAUUCAGUUCGCGCAAGACUUCCAAGUAUCUUGAUAAAUUCACAACUGCUUGAAUUUUCAAAUUUUUUUUCCCUUGGUAGCCAAGCUCAGGAUUUUUUUUUUUAAACGGGGAGAAAAAAAUAAUUAUUUAUUUUUUAAAAAAGGUGAAAAAAAUAAUAAUUCAAUAAAACAACCUCUAAAAAAAUAAUUUGAAAAACAAAGUUGAAAAAAAAAAUUCAAAAACAAACCCAAAAAUAAAUUACUCAGAAAAACAAAUUUGGGGAAAAAAGUUAAUUCAAAAAACGAUCUUCAAAAUAAAUUACUCAGAAAAUCGAAUAGCUGAAAAAAAUGUAUUCAAAAAACAGCCCCCCAUUUUUUUAUUUUUCAUGUGAAUGCAAUAUGUUUACGUAAUAUCCAAACAGUUUGUUUAAAAAAAAAAAAAAAAAAAAAAAAAAAUCAAACUGUUAUUAAAUUCUUUAAAAUUUCUGGAAGUUCAUAAUGUAAGUUCAGAAUAUUUUUUGUGGAGUAAAUCACCUUACUUCGGCUACAGUAGAACCAGCCAUUGAAGUAUUCUGUUCCAAGAUGGCCGGAAGUCGAUUACGCCGCCGAUCUAUUUCUGAUAUUUGUGUGCAAAACCAAGCAUUACUUCCGGAUUCACCCACAGUCCAGAGUCUCAUUGGAUGGAGCCUCGACCAACCGGAAAGCUUUGCUCUACUGCCCCCUCCCUUUAACCAGAAGGAUGAAGCGUUCAGAGAGAAGCUAAGGUUAGAGCUAAUAUUUUUUAGCAAAUUAUCACAAUGUCCUUAGACACAUUUAAACAUUUAACAGUGCAAGUGGCAGACUUCAAACGGCAGUUGAACUAACAACGACUGGAACGGCACUGUUAUUCUUUAUAUUACAUAUUAUGAAACCGCCAAACAUUUUAAGUAAUACAAUGGCCAGUUAGAGAAUCUUAAUUAACGCAAAGUCGACAUUGACACUGGACAAUCAUGUUUCUCCAACUAUGGUGGUCGCUUUUGGGUCUGGUUGUGUUUCGACCAGCUCGAGCAGACCCAGGACCAAGUGCCGUGAGAACUCUUGUAUGGGGACCCGGACUUGAAGCAAAUAUUGUCCUGCCUGUUCGAUUUUUUUUCAUCCAAGCAGUGGACAACUCAGGGAGAAAUCUAACAACAUCACCAGGGGAGAAAACCUUUGAGGUGAAGAUCGUGUCUCCGUCGGAGCAUUUCACCAGGAUUUGGAUUCAGGUUCUAGAUCGCCAAGAUGGGUCUUUACUGGUUCGUUACAGAAUGUAUGCAAGCUAUGCAGACCUUCACAUCCAUGUGCUACUCGGCGACCAGCAUGUGGCCAAGUCUCCAUACGUUCUCAGAGGACCAGUAUACCAUGAGGGCUGUGACUGUCCGCAACUCGACGGCUCAGCUUGGCAGUCGCAUAUGCGCUGUCCUCACUCCUUUCCCCAGAUAGAGCGCGAUUUGUCCCAUUUCGCCAGCAUCGACCCAGAGCGCAACGAUAAGGAAAUUCCACAGCGCUUUGGGCAGCGACAAAGCCUCUGCCACUACACCAUCAAAGAUAACAAGAUCUACCUUCAAACACUUGGUGAGCACGUUGGUUUCCGGAUCUUUAUGGAUGCCAUCCUGCUGUCACUUAGCAGAAAGGUGAAGUUACCUGACAUGGAGUUUUUUGUAAACCUGGGUGACUGGCCACUCGAGAAGAGGAAACCCUCUCAGAAUCUUCAUCCUAUAUUCUCCUGGUGUGGCUCAAACAACACCAGAGAUAUCGUCAUGCCCACAUAUGACCUGACUGAGUCAGUCCUUGAGACCAUGGGCAGAGUGAGCCUGGACAUGAUGUCGGUGCAGGCAAAUACAGGACCACCGUGGGCCAAGAAGAAUGCCACUGCCUUCUGGAGAGGGCGGGACAGUCGUCAGGAGCGCCUGGAGCUUGUCAAGCUGUCGAGGGCCCACCCCCACAUGAUAGAUGCUGCUUUUACCAACUUCUUCUUCUUCAAACAUGACGAGAGCUUGUUCGGCCCGCUGGUCAAGCAUGUAUCCUUCUUUGACUUCUUCAAAUACAAGUAUCAAAUAAACAUUGAUGGCACCGUAGCAGCUUAUCGCUUGCCUUACCUCUUGGCCGGAGACAGUGUGGUGUUCAAGCAGGAUUCAGGCUACUACGAGCAUUUCUACAAUGAGCUGGCACCAUGGGAACACUACAUCCCAAUCAGAGCCGACCUCCGAGAUCUGCUUGAUAAGAUACAAUGGGCCCGAGACCACGAUGAAGAAGCCAAGAAAAUUGCACUCGCAGGUCAACAGUUUGCACGCAAAGAACUUAUGGGAGACAAUAUAUUUUGUUACUAUUACAAACUUUUCCAGGAGUACGCUAAACGCCAAGUGACUCAACCCAAAAUCCGUCAAGGCAUGGAGUUGGUAGAACAACCUAGUGAUGACCUCUUUCCGUGUUCUUGCCUCCGGACACAGGCGAAAGAUGAACUCUGACAGGACUUCCAUGAAGACGGCCAACGUUAUUGUUAUUAUUUUAAAUCUUUUACUGCAAAUUGCAAAAUAUGGACUGUAUUGCUUUAAAUGUGCCAUUAAAAUCUGUGCUACUAUUCCUCAG